GGGUGAGAUAUAAACCCAAAAUCUGACCAAUAGUUUAGAAAAGAAAGGCUAAGAGAAAAGGUUUAAGGAAAAGGAAAAGUCUGAAGGGAAAGAAGGGAAAGGAGGAUAAUGUUAAAGGAAGAAGACAGCCAAGUCACACCUGCACCCCAAAAAAAAAUUCCAUCUGCAUUGGCUAAAAGAUGUGAUACCUUGUCUUUUUUGAUGUGGCUGUCAGUGUGAUGAUUAAGGAAUUUUAUAAUUCCAGUCUGGCUUGUUGCUACAUACAGCACUAUGUGGGAAUGCAAUUAGCACAGCCUGACCAAAUUAUUUCAGGAUGUGCUGUUUUGACAUCCCUUUGCCUUGUGGCACCCUUUGCAAAGAGGAAAGCUUGAUCCUAAAAUGCACUGGCUCCUGGUUCGUUUGUGACACAAAACAUGGACUUUAGCUUAUAAGUUACAUAUGUUUUGAAGUCCUUGCUGCUACCAGACUGUUUUUCUGGCAGCCCUCUGGACAGGGGCACUGCUGGCAGGGGAAUUUGUCUCUCCUCUCUCUCUGCCUGCUGAUCCGUCAGGGGCUGUGUCCUCACAUGCAGCUGGCACUAAAAUGUUGAGAUUCUUUAACUGAACUCCCUGAGGGGAUUUAAGAGAUAGAUGUGGCUCUGAGGGACAUGGUUUAAUGGUGGACUUGGCAGUGCUAAGUGUUGGACUCGAUGAUCUUUUCCAGCCUCAAUUAUUGUGGGAUUCUGCAAUUCCUGAGAAAUGCUGGGCUGCUUACGUGGCUAGCAGAUUUUCAGAAGUCAUAGAGUUCUUGAGAUGAGGGCAGGCAGUCCAGACUUUUAAGGCCAGUAAAACUACACAUAUAUUACCUUUUAAACCUUCUGAUUGCAGAAGGGCCUCUCUAACUGAGGGAACAACCAGAAUACAAAUAAAGAACUCUUAUAGACCAAGCGAUGGCUCUCAUCAGGGUUUACGAUGGCACAGAAAUCCACGAAGCAUCAGCUGUGCUGGUACACCUGAGCCGUGGGGGCGCUGAGGUUCAGAUGUUUGCUCCAGAUGUCCCUCAGAUGCACGUCAUUGACCACAGUAAAGGGCAACCAGCUGAAGCUGAGUCUAGGAAUGUUUUAGUGGAGUCUGCAAGAAUCGCUCGUGGUAAAAUCGCAAGCCUGGCUAAGCUCACCACAGCAGACCAUGAUGCUGUGAUAUUCCCCGGUGGAUUCGGAGCUGCCAAAAACUUAUCUACCUUUGCUGUUGAUGGGAAGGAUUGCAAAGUGAACAGAGAAGUUGAGCGAGUCCUGAAAGAUUUCCACAAAGCAGGCAAACCUAUUGGCCUGUGCUGCAUUUCCCCAGUGCUGGCAGCAAAGGUGCUCUCUGGAGCUGAGGUAACUGUGGGCCACGAGGAGGAGGAAGGGGGCAAGUGGCCUUAUGCUGGGACUGCAGGAGCCAUCAAAGAGCUGGGAGCAAAGCACUGCGUGAAAGAAGUAACCGAAGCUCAUGUGGAUACAAAAAAUAAGGUGGUGACCACCCCAGCAUUUAUGUGUGAAACAGCAUUACACCAUAUCUUUGAUGGCAUUGGGGCAAUGGUAAAGAAUGUGCUAAAAUUAACUGGCAAAUAAAAUCAGAAAUAUUUAAAUUUAGGGUGUAGCAUCAAACUUCAUGGACCAAUGGAGACAUUUGCACCUGCUUGUCCUGUUCACACUCUAGUGAAUGCUGAUAUGAAGCUGAUUGAUUGCCAGCUGCAGGAUUUUCUGUGCCUUUCUGAGGGAGGGGCACUGCAGCAGAGGACUGGAGCCUGGCCUGAGACACAGAGCAUUUUCUUGAGCUUUUCCAUCUGCACAGAACUUGACUAGAUGUGUUCUGAAACAAUCAGAACUGAAACACCAAUACACCAAUGUCAAACCAGUUCUGAGGGGGAAGAAGACUCAAAGCCCUUUCAGAAGCUGAGGGCGGGUGUGAUGUAGGGGUUUGGCACAUGGCAGCAUAUCUAGUGGAUGAAGAAUGGGAGCAGAGAGGAAUGAGUGCAUGGUUCAAGGUGUCUAAGCUCAGGCCUGUGUCUGGGAACUAACAGCCAGGGUCACUUGUUGAGGGAAGAGACAUCUUCCACGUCUUAAUUUAACUCAGUGUUAAUGAAAAGAUUUGGUUUCCAUUUUGAAGAAUCGUGCUUUCACACUGUCAUUGUGAACACCAAUCAGCAGCAGGACACAACUGCCACACCAGUAGCACUUUGGAAAACUCAUCCAUUGGUCCAUUAUAGUUUUAAAAGUCUUGAAAUGAGGAAGAAAUGAAUAUCCGCUGAUGUGACGCACAACUCCUAAGGACAGCUGCCCUGUUAAAGCAGGUGUAUGACAAGUAGUGAAUGGAAAAAACAAUCUCAAAUUAUCCUAACUUCCCCUGCUUUAGGGUAAUAAGGCUUUCUCCAAAGAAGUAUUAUUGAAUGUCUGGAAUAAUGAUGUAUAAAUAAAUUUGUUUCUGCCUUUA